GUAGAUGGUACACGCCGCUGGUGCAGACACUUCCACCACGGUUUACAGCGCUUUUUUACAAUUGCAUAGAUUGUUGAAUCUUGACUUUCUAAGCUCGCCAUGGCUCUGUGUGGGGGAAUCGGAGCCAUGGCUUUGCCCAGCGAGCUUAUUGUCCAUAUAUUCUCCUUUCUGUCUGAUCGAGACAAGCUGCGGGCCUCGUCCGUGUGUUCGCGCUGGAGGGAGUGUCUCUUCUACCCUGCGCUGUGGACCGAGCUCAGACUGCGGAUAGGUGGAGGUAGUUCCAGUUCCGAUGAGACUCCGAAGCUUGAGUUUCUGAUGCGGAAAUUCGGUUCAUUCGUGCGGGAGCUGCAGCUUGAGCUAGCCCCAGUCGAGGGCUACCUAAGUCCAUUGAACAGCGACGCAUCGGCCACACGAAUGGAGCCCUCCCGCGGUGCAGACAGCGACCCGCAACUCUCCGUGCGUUGGAAAGACGCCAUGGUCUCCUAUUUGAACCAGGUGUUAUGUGUUUUCACCAGCAUCAGAAAUAAUAGAAACCUCCAGAGGCUCCGUCUGUAUGGAGACACAUGUGUUCUUCAACAAGAGGGACUGUUGGACAGUUCCAACCUCCACCAUAUUGAGCAAGGGGACAAAAAGAUCAAUGAAAUCCAGCAAUUGUUCAUGGAGUUUUUGUCCAAUAGCCGGCAGCUCCGGUGGCUUUCAUGUAGCUUCAUGCUUGGUCUGGUGACCCCCAGCUCUUUAGCUUGUCUGUCCAACCCUUCAGCAGAAACCCUGCAGCACCUCAGUUUAUUGGACCACCAGCUGGGAAUACUUAUCUCACCAUCAGAGUUGACUCGGCUUUCGAAUCUUCAGUCCCUUGCUCUGGAUUUUUCUGAUUUGACAUCAGAGCUAUGUGGUUUACUGGCAUCUCCACGUCGUACUCCUUUGCAUCGUCUCUCGCUGCUGCUCAAUGGCGCUGCCCUAGAAUUUAAACCAUUGGACAGGAUAGCUACAGAAGAUGACUGGAAGGCACUUGUCCGUGUUAGCGCCAAUCUGCGAGUCUACAUCAUGGCUCUUGAAGUGGUGGGCUCUGAGCUCCUUCGGGUCCUCAAACCCAGUCUACCUUUGGAGCGUCUCCACCUCGACAGUUACAGCAAUGUUGUGACUGAUGCCACUUUGGAGCUCAUUUCUCAGCAGUACAACAAAACACUGACUCAUUUCCUUCUUUUGAGAGAUGACCCUGACUUUCCGGACCUCAGCGUGAAUCGCAAUGAGGACCCCUUGGUUCUUUUGGCUUGGAGGUGUACGAAGUUGACUGUAUUGGUCUUGCAUGGAUACACUGUCUGGUCUCAUAACCUGGUAGCCAUCUCCCGCCUGCGAGGAUCCAGCCUUCAGGUCCUGACAGUGUCUGAGGAGAGUAUCGACUUUGACCCUGACCAGUCUAUGUGCAUGGAAGGUGAUCCGUUUCAUAAUCUGGUAAAAGAGGUGUCUUUGGGCCUUGGACGGGUCUGGCACCCAUGUCUGGAUUCCAACCUGGUUUUAUCUGAACCCACCCAGCAUUUCCACCAAGAGGUGCAUGCUUUUAGCAUGGGCAUGUAGACAGGGUGGUUUAAGCUUAAAAUAGCCACAAAGUGUCAAAACCAGGCCAGGCUAAGUCAGAUCAGACCUCAAAUCUUUAUUCAGAGCAGAUAUUAGACUCCAUGUUUUUAUUUUGCUGUUAUUUAUUUCUGAUGUCAGCUAACUGACUACCAUUCAGUGUUCUGCUCUGAGUUUGUUGGCACAGUCAGACUGGUCUGGUUUUGUUCACACGUACUAAAUUGAGCUUCACCUUAUUAACCUCUGCAACAUAUUUUUUUGUUAACUUUUGCUCUGCUUCUAAUCUUAAUUCAUGUGUGGUGGUUUAUUUGCCUCUAUAGAUGUGUGUAUUUGCAUAUAUUGUUAUCCCACCCACAUUGAAGACAGGACAUAGCAGACUUGCUGAAUGAUAGUGAAUGGAAUAAUAGGGGCUAAUAGUGCAGGGGAUGAGUGCUUUAGUUCAAUGAUCUUUUGGCAUUUGUCAGUCUUUUAAAAUUUAUCUCUAGCAGUGAAGGUAAAUAUACCUAACACUCAAUUCUACUCUGAGCCACUUUUGGAUGGUCUGAUUGGAGCACAUUCUUCAUUUGUCUUCUGUGUUGAGAACAUUUCCAGCUGGGUGGGAAUUUUAUACAAUAAAGUGACUGACCUUGGCAGGUGCAAAUCUAGUUUUUGGCUACAGUCAUGUGCUUUCCAUGACUCAGGGUUUUGAGCAUUGUUCAGUAGCAUGUAAAGGCCAAGUGCACCUAGCUUAUUCAAAUAUCUGUCCCUGCUGCUAGUAUUCCCACCCUGCUAACCUUCUCAACUGUUCUCACGAGGACAAAGGAUGGAGCCUUGUCUUCCGACUGACAUUUGAAGCCAAAUUCUAAACUACUCAAACCCCCUUCACUGUACAAUUCACCCCUCUUUUAUUUUAUUAUGUUUAAAGUUGAUAUAUUUACAUAUAUUUUGUAUUCUAGGUGAUACAUCAGUGGUAUCCUCCAGAGGUUGAUAUUUUGACAGGUUACUGUUUCAGAGUGUUACAUAUUCUGAUGCCAUUGUGGGCAUCCAUUUAAAACAAUGUGUAUAGUUAAACUCUGGAAUGCAACACACACAUAGAAAUGGCUAUUUGUUUUCUAUCGCCAUACAUAAUGUCUAGUCCAGACAUUUCAGGAGGCUGUGCUAAAAUAACAGAAAUAUUUGUUUUGGCAGAGCUUUCAAACCAAGAUGUUGCAUACAUACCAGCAACAGCACAGCCAAACCUGUUUUUCUCUACAGAGGAUUUAAGUGUUCUGUAAACAACAGGGACAAUGAAACGGAUGCACUGAAUGUAACUUAUUUAUCAUUCUGUUGGCCAGUCUAUUUGUAAGGGUGCUUUAGUUCUCUCUUUCUCCAAUAUAUAUAACUCUUACUCUAUUAUAAUAUCUACCGCCAGCAGUCAGGGUUAAACAUUGCAUGUUUCACCAAUUGCCAAGACUUGUGUGUGACACUCGCAGCACAACAUGGCAUUUAGUCAUGGGGCUCUUUUCUGUGGCUUAUAGGUUAUUGUCAUCAGUCUCAGGUAGUAUUUUAAAAUCACUAUGACCAUAACAAUGAGGUGAUGUUGUCUUGUAGUAGGAUGUGUGAACCAGUCAGUCAGUGUAAAACAAAAAUGUUAUUUUCAGUCACUGUUGCCUUUCAAAAGCCCUUGUUUUCUGGAUGCUUCUGGUGAUGUUUCGCUUGCCAUUUGAGAAAGCCUCACUCCACUACUGAGGGUUUAACUUAAUCAUACAUUUGUUUUCCAAGAUUAAGGUCAAGAAUGGCAGAAUGCUCAUCACACAUGUUUUAUAUCCUCAUGUGGCUGUGUGCGUUGGGGCUUUUGGGGGGUUUAAAAUCUAUGUUUUAGAUGGAUGAACUGCUGGGCCCAAUUGCUGGUGGUACCAACAGAAUGUAGUCUUUGAUUAUUCUUUUAUCUAGAGCUUUUUUUAAUUUUAAGUGCAUCUUUUAGAGAUGUCUUAAGCCAACAUGUUUGGAAACACUCAGUCUUUGUCAAGGCAACACACUCUUGCUGAGUUACCAAAUGUUGCAGCAGGGAAUGUUUGGGCCAAGUAUUUUGCCAUCCAAUGCUAUAGUGUGUGGCUUUAUGUUACAACAACACACUUUACAAAGACAGUUUCUGAGCAGGGAUCUUACCAGUUGGUCCUCAGAAUGGCCACAGCCGCUGGUUAUGCCAUAUGCAUUGUGGUUUUAACUGACUGGGCUGUAAUAGGAUGGUCCAUAUCAAGGCUGCUAUUGAGUGUAUUUACAAUGCGCCAGCACUUUUUGUGGUUCACCAUGAACUGUUCUUGUUGUUGGGCCUAUGGUGUUUGCCUGCUACUUCAUGGAUCACCAUUGUUUAGCCACAGUAAUCUCAAAUCCUUGGUCUAUAUCUCAGGAGUAAAGCACUUUGGUACCUAUAGUUACUUUGAAACCACCUGUGGCUAUUUCUGGAACUGUAUGCUCAGAUACACCAACAUAGGCUAUACACCAACGUAGGCUAGUAAAAAAAAUACCCCUUCUAUUUUCCAUCUGAACUCAUUCAAAUCACAGAGGCAAUGUUUUUAAGAGCUGGGAUUAUGGAUGUAGUGAGAUUCAUCUUAAAACAUAUUUUUUUUAAAGAAGAUCUAUUGAUUUUUUUAACCUGCAUAACCACUCAGUCCUUGCACAGAAUGACAAGGUUGUUAUGGGCCUGGGCCUUUUUAAGGAGCAGCAAUGGCAAAAUGUAGAUAAAAGCAAAACAUUUGUUUAAAUUUGCUUUUAUCUUUGACCAGAGAAAAUUUUACUUUCAUGCAAAUGUCCAUGGGGUCAGUUGGUUAAAUGAAGACUAGAUCAUGCUCCGCAUUUUAGCUUAUAGCGGUUUAUUAAAAUGACCCAACUUGUGCCUAAAGCAUCUGUAUACUCUCUGCUUUUAACCUUUUUUCUCUCUGAAUUUUGCCUGUUGUUUGUGGCCCUUGUUGCUUGUUCCCACUUAAGGACUUUGAUAUUCGAGUUACACUUUCACACAUUGUAUAUCUAUCUAUAUUUAAAAUGUCUUGAGUGUGCCUGUGUUGUCUUUGCAAAUUGUAAUGGUUAGUGUAUCUAUUAGACAACUAAAAUAGUAUGUCUGUGGCUCAGGCAGGACUAGUGUUCAGUGUAUUAUCUCUCAUUCUGCAGAUUCUGCAGCAGGACGCAUGAACAGAAAUGGCUUAUUCUCAGGAUCAAGUUUGUUUUGGAAAAGAGAAGGAGGGACAGUAACUAUAACUCAGGCCUAAGGAGUCACUGGAUCUGUUCUCCUCUUGUUGUUUGAGCUGCCAAAGACCAUAGUGAAACAGACGCUGGUCUGUCUGAAGUGCCCGUGUAUAAUCUAGCAGGAGGCUGUGUUGACUCCCUUUCGUAUUCACAAGGUCAUAUUCACAUACUGAUUCACUGACCUUGGCUUUGCUUGCUCCCACUCUACUGUACUAAUCUGGAUUGGAAGUUUUUUGCCAGUUCUGGGCUCUUCUGCUUGUAAUUGUAGUACAGGAUGAGUUAACCUGAACCCUAUGGUCACCAUGCUUAACUGCAAAGCUUUUUGAGUUCAGAUUAAAAAGACAGUAGCAUGCAAAGACCAUGAUUUACUCUGGACCUUUAUUUUUUAAAGAGUGGGUCAAUGUAAAGCUGAAGGCGAUAAGGCAAAGAGUCUAAAACACCGGGACUGAACACCAUUUGAAAGUUGUGGAGUUUCUAUGCAGGGUGGAAUUGUUACGAGAUAAUCACAUAUUUACUGCAUGGCAGCCAUGUAACCAAAGGCUUUGUACUAUAAAGCCAGUGUGCAUGAAAUGCUAAGUUGUCAGGUGUUUAGUUCCGGUUUUAAUGCUGUAAAGUGAUUGCUGCUAGAAAUGGUUUAGGAACAGGACAUUCCACGUGGCGAUUACUCAGGCUAUAUGCUCUGCAUUUAGAACCUGUGUAUAUACAGUAUAAAGGGUUUGAAGAGUAAGCAGGAAAUACUGAUAAUGACUAGACACAUCAGCUUAACAGCUGGUCAGAGCAAGGAGAGCUGUGAUACCAUUCAAAAGUGACUCUAAUGAAGCUUGUCUUUUCAGUGUAUUUUUUUUGUUUACUUUGUGUCUUGUUAACACAACUUCCAGAGGCCAUUUUUGUAACUCUUGUGUCUGGUACACUAAGGAAGGUUUUAUCGGCUUCAACUGAGAGAAAAAACUACUCCUUUGCUGUGUAUGUGCAAAUAUGUGUGUAUACUAUUGUAUACACUUAAGUUGGUCUUACAAUUAAUUUUAAAUAUUAUAAAAGAGAAAGUGAUUAUCAAGACAUUUUCCCACUAUCUCUGUAGGUGUACAAACCUCUGUAGGUACAAAUGCUUCUGGAGACCAGCAGUUUUAUGUACAACUUUGUUAUUUCUUAUUCAUUGGUAAAAAAAAAAAAAAAAAAAUUAAAAAAAUAAAGACUUGUUCUUCUACAGUACCACACCAGCAGAUAUUUAUUUUCUGUCUCCGUUAAAUAUAUAAAAGAAAAAAAUAAUCAAAGACAAUUCCCUGUGGCUGUUUGAAUUCCAGGAGCUGGUCUCUAAUGUAGUCCAUCUGAAAGUGUUGAGAGCAACUGAAAACUAUUGAUUGUAGCAAAUGUAUGAGGGUUCUGUUACAUCUACCACAUAUAAACUAGAGUGGAGGCUGCAACUUCUUUGUGCAGAACCACUAAGGUUUGAGAUAAUUUAUUACCAAAGCAGCAUUGUCAUAUCGGUGUCAGUAAAACCAGACUUAAUUGAUCAAUCAUUGCUUAUACUGUUUAUAAACCCCCUAAAAAGUGUCCAAAAAUAUUUAUUUCUGUAAAGCUAAUGAAAACUUUCUCUAAUUAUGAAAGGCCUUCUCAUGUGAGUAUAAUCACAAAGACAAGGGCACAAACUGCUAUAAAACCAGACCUGGAGUUCUAUUGGGUUUCUGCUUUCUGUUCUCCUCAAAUUCUGUUAUCUCUUAUGCAAGGUCACUUUGUCCUUAGUGACUUUCUCAUUGAGAGGGGUACAAAUGUCUUGAGUUGGGGUUAUGUAUGCUCAGAGUUGACCAAUACCUUGUCCAGCAUACUGGACUUUACCAGAGUCCAGCCUCCAAACUAUGCAAAAGGAAUGCAUAUAAUCCACUUGUUUGUUUAUUAUAUUUUUACUGUCACAAGACAUACAGUAUUAAGAUCUUGCAAUGACAAUACUUGGCCUUAUGAUAGCUAUAUUUUCUUUGUUCAAUUUACUUUUAAGAUGGUUUAUUUUGAUCAGUCAGUCUAGCGACCGUGGUGAAGACGACAGGCUCACUCUUAGUCUCUGUGAGACUGGUUAGAUGGCCUAAGUUUUAUUGUGGUACGAAUGUUGUCCAUUUGUUUAAAAUCAACAUCGUUUGCAAUAAUAGUUUUACUAAUGGCCACAAAGGGGAACAAGCAGUGCUGACCGCGCCGCUUCUUUAAGAACCACAUAAUAAGAAGUCCACAUUCUAUAGAUAUGUAUGUGAAGCUUGCACAGUAUUUGUAGAUAUCAACAAUGCAUUAUCAAAAUAAACUGUUAUGCAACACA